CUCUGGUAACUGGAGAUCAGUUAUAGAGAUGGCUAACCUGCAACAAGUCGGUAUACAGCAGAUGGAGAAUCUGAAAGCGCUUUACUCGCAAGAUUUUCCCAAAUACUGCAAGGAGUACCUCUGCCUGGAAAAUUUUCUGGAGCUCCAUAGAAAGGACACUCGUCUUAAAAAUGUGAAAGUCUACUGUCUGCCUAAUCUUGACCUUGGAUUAUUUGUAAUUUUGGAUCGCUAUCAAGUCUUCCUCGGUUGCAAGGAAAGUGACAGGUCGGAGAAUCUUCUCUACGAAUCCCUGAACCAGUUGAAUUGGUUUGGGGGUCAGCAACUCGCAUCCAUGCCACAAAGAUACGUUAAAGCUGCGACCAAAGUGAUCGAAGCCAAACAACUGCACAUCGAGCACAAUCACAUAACUGGCUUGCAGUUUCUGGCCAAAGAAAGUGCUCAACAGUGGCAAGUAGAACCACCACCUGGGUAUGAGAUGAAAUCUCUGACCUUAAAGGAUGCCGAAACAUUAAAUGACCAUUGGAAAUACAAGCAGCCUGGAAGUUUACUCUUUAUCCAAAGACAGAUAUCUUUCAACACAUCUGUUGGCCUGUAUGAGGCGAAAUCUGGAGAGCUAGUGGCAUGGUGUUUAAGAGCUCAGGAUGGGUUGUUGGCCGUUCUUCAGGUGAAGGAAUCCCACAAACGGCGGGGCCUUGGCGCACUUAUAGUCAAGGAAUUCUCCCGGCGUGUGGCUCUUCAGGGUCAGGAUGUAAUUGCCGAAGUGGAUAAGGAAAACGAUGCUUCAGCGUCUCUUUUUAAGAAACUUGGCUUCAAGGUUAUCGAUCAGUGCCACUGGUUGGUUACCAGGGCGCCCAACGGAGAUUUACAAUGGCCCGAUGGCGAGUGAUAAGAUUAAGAUUGGUUACCAUGUAAAAAAUAUUCUAUACCAUUAAAAGAUUAAAUAUUCUUAUUAUAAAUGA